CGUAGCGUCAAAGGUUCUUUCGGAUUGUGCCUGGGAAGAACCUUACCCAAGGUUUACUGACUGAUCACUUGAAAAUCCCGCUUCGUCCAAAUUUUUUCUUGCACCCUGUCUAACCGGUUGUUCACCUCCUUGGGUAAAUAUCAUUUCGUUUGUUUCUACCUCUGUGGUUCGUUCAUAACUUGCCAACAGUCGCAAGGAUUUGACGAUACAAUCCGCUCAAAAUAAGUCCAUAAACCUACCACACCACACAAAUCAUAAUCAACAUGGCGGACGGCAAGCGGGCGGUGGACUCCAGCAGAGUAUGGACAACACUGAUAACAAACCUGGACUACCUACCGGGACUCUUGACGCUGGACCAUGCGCUGCGGAAGCACAAGUCCAAAUACCCUCUCGUGGCACUGUACACGGACACCUUCCCCGAGUCUGGCCGCACGGCGCUGGCGUCGCGGUGCAUCGCUGCGCAGCGCAUCGAGUACCUGCUCCCAACCAAGUCUAGCAGGGACUACAGCGAGGACCCGCGUUUCUACGACUGCUGGAGCAAGCUCACGCCCUUCUCGCUGGAGCAGUACGACCGUGUUGUACAGCUAGACUCGGACAUGUUGGUGCUGCAGAACAUGGACGAGCUGAUGGAGAUGGAGCUGGACGCGCCCGAGGUUUCGGCCGCCGGCGGCCCCGACUCUAAGAGGGUGUUUGCCGCCAGCUACGCCUGCGUCUGCAACCCGCUCAAGCGCGCGCAUUACCCCAAGGACUGGGUCCCCGAGAACUGUGCCUUCACGACGCAGCACGGAGAGCCGGACAAGGCGCAGGUCGAAGGGGCGGACCCGGCCAAGGUGCCGCUGCCGAUCCUCAACGGAGGCCUGCAGGUGGUGAACCCGUCGCGGGUCCUGUUCCAGCAGAUCGUAGAGCACAUGGAGAACAACGCGGCGUCGCUUGACUUUGCGGACCAGUCGCUGCUCUCGGAGCUCUACAAGGACCGCUGGGUGGCGCUGCCGUACGUCUACAACGCGCUAAAGACUCUGCGGUGGCCCGGAGUGCACGAUGCCAUCUGGCGCGACGACAAGGUCAAGAAUGUGCACUACAUCCUGACCCCGAACCCGUGGGACCAGCUGGAUGCUGAGGGUAAUACCAAGAGCGAGGAGGAGACGAUGGGAUGGUGGGCUGAUGUGAACAAGGAGAGGAGGGAGGGAGAGAAGGCGAAGGGUAUUAACGAUGGCUUUUAGUUGGAGCUUAGAGUUGGUGUUUUGACUGACUGGCGUUGGGCAGAAAGGAGUUGAGACGGGAUCAGAAAGGCAGAUCAAAGAUGAAAAGAGACAGAAACAGAAAAGCAAGGGCGGGCUCAGUGCUCGGUUUCGCUCAUAUUCCAUGCAUCCCCAGGUUGACGCGGUAAUAUGUAUGCGUGAUGCUCAGAACGGCGUAGUGGGGCACCAGGGAGGG